AUGUCUGCACAUUACGCACCGCUGCCAACGCAGCAGUCAUCACGAGAUGUUGAUCGUGAACUCAACGACGCCUUUGAGUCCGACGCCGAUGAUGAUGAGGAUUACAUUGAACGCUCUCCAUCUAAUCGUCCGCAUGCUGAGACCCUCGCAGAUCCCCCCAAAAGCACGCCAGGUAGUACGACAAUUCCUGGAAUUUAUGACUUUGAGCGGAAUUACGAUUACGACCGUCCGCCCCCUGGUUCUCCCCCACAGCUUCUAGCGACUGCUUUACCCAACGAUAUUGGCAAUUCGAACGGCGAAUUACCAACCUCUCCUUUGGGAACGACAUUACCACGACCAUCAUUCUUGCGCAGGGCAGUUGGGGCUAUCUUACCUACUCACUAUGUCCGCGUACCGACCGACGAACCACCUGCUGGGGUGAGAGGUGGAGGGAUACAGAAUGAUGGAGUGUUCUCAAAUGUUGUCGUCAAACCCGCCUCCUCAGUCUCGGUGCCAAUACAAACUGAUGAUGGCAGCAUCUACAUGGUCCCUGAGGACACGCAGAACAAUGCUCCACCCUCUUAUGCGACAGCCCAAGCAGAUGCUGUACCCCCGUAUUGGGAUACUAUCAUACACGCUCCUUCCGGAAUGGAUAGCGAUGCUGGGAUGAUUGUCGGCGAUCUUCCCUCGGGCUCCAUCCUCGCAUUCAUUUCGAACCUCUUCGUCUCAUUUUUCUUCCAGUUCAUCGGCUUCCUCCUCACAUACCUCCUCCACACUACACACGCCGCAAAGUAUGGCUCGAGAGCUGGCCUUGGGUUAACAUUGAUCCAAUAUGGCUUUUACUCUCGUUCUGCAGCAGAUGCCAUGCGUCCCACGGCUGAUGGCAAUGGCGUUCCUGAUGUUCUCAUGCUAUCCGCACCGCCUUCAUCUUCAUCCUUGGCUCCCAUGCCUCAGGAUACCAAUACCAAUACCAUUGUUCUCAACAUGUCUUCACGAGAGUGGCUAUCAUUUCUUUUGAUGACUCUCGGUUGGUUUUUGCUCCUUUCCUCUUUGGUCGGUUUCUGGCGUGUGAAGAACUGGGAAUCUGCCAUCCGUGCCUCAAGUGCACACGAGCCCCAAUCACCUGAGGAUAUUGCUCGUGACAUCGCAGCGAGGAGAAAUAUUGAGCAGGCGUUCGAUAUCGCACCGCUUGAAGAGACCACGACACAACAGGAGCAUGCAGAGGCAGAUUUGCGAGCUGCACAUUUAUUGUGA